GAAAAAAGUGAAAAAAUAUCAAGAAGAGAAGAAGAGAGAGAGAGAGCAUCAGUCACACACAGAGUAGUAACCACUUUUUUUUUGGCUGCGACGGAAGCUUUUCUCUUGAUUCAAUGGCGCCGCCGAAGAGUACCGGAGGAGGAGAUAAGGGGAAAUCAGUUGCGGUGGCUACGUCGACGAGGCAGACACGAAGCAUGGAUCGGCAGACUCGGAGCCAAACUCAGGCACGCGGGGGCGGUAAAUCGCCGUCGUCGAAGCUCAUGAACUUCGAAUCUCCCGAGAAGAGGAAAAGGAAGACGACGAAAGGCAAGGAAGGUGGAUCAGCGACGAAGAAGAUCAAGAAAGAAAAGGAGGAGGAAGCUGUGGUAGACGACGACAAGGACGAAGACGAAGAAGCCUCCGAGAAAAAGACGAUUGUGAUCGAGCACUGCAAACAACACAAAUCAUUCACGGAGAGAGCCAACGAGGUGAAGGAAGGUUUGGAGAACGCUGUUCCUGGCAUCAUUGUCACUGUCAAUCCUGAUAAGCCAAGGCGUGGAUGCUUUGAGAUUCGUGAGGAAGGCGGCGAAACAUUCAUCAGUCUUUUGGAUAUGAAGAAACCAUUCACACCCAUGACGGAGCUUGAUAUGGAGGAGGUCGUUGCUAACAUCGUAGAGAAGAUUAAAUGAGAGAAGCUGCACAUAGGGCCCGCUACGUAAUCAAAUAGGCGCUUCAGCAUCUAACUCUCUAGAGCAACUGUGCAUGCUUUUUUUCUUUUCCUUUUUAGGCUUUCCUUCUGAUACUUUGGUGAAAACUCUUUAGAGCUCUGUUUAGUCAUUUUGUUGUGAUUACUCGGAUAUGUCCAGUUUCUGGAUGCUAAAAAUUCAUGAUAUGUUUGGUUGAUCUGAAAUGAUCAUUCUAGUUUGGGAUUAAAUCGUUUCAUUUGUGCUAGUUGGAAGCACUUAUUCGUGGGUUGUAUAUGGCGUUGAAUGAAGAUAAACAGUUAAACACA